AUGGCCUCCUCUUCGUCGAAUGUAGUGGGUGUCCACUACCGAGUGGGCAAGAAGAUCGGUGAAGGUUCUUUUGGUGUGAUUUUUGAAGGCACCAACCUUUUGAACAACCAGCAGGUGGCUAUCAAAUUUGAACCCCGAAAGAGCGAUGCUCCGCAGUUGCGUGACGAGUACCGAACGUACAAGAUCUUAGUUGGAUGCCCUGGUAUCCCUAAUGUCUAUUACUUUGGACAGGAAGGUCUGCACAACAUUCUUGUCAUUGACCUUCUUGGCCCAAGUCUCGAGGACCUUUUCGAUCACUGCAACCGCCGAUUCUCGAUCAAGACUGUGGCGAUGCUGGCCAAGCAAAUGCUGUUGCGUGUGCAGACCAUCCACGAGAAAAAUCUUAUCUACCGUGACAUCAAACCAGAUAACUUUCUCAUUGGCCGCCCAACCACCAAGACCCCGAAUAUUGUCCAUGUGGUCGAUUUUGGCAUGGCCAAGCAAUACCGGGACCCCAAGACCAAGCAACAUAUCCCAUACCGUGAACGCAAGUCCUUGUCAGGUACCGCCCGGUAUAUGAGUAUCAACACACAUCUGGGCCGUGAGCAAUCACGACGUGAUGACCUGGAAGCCUUGGGACACGUUUUCAUGUACUUUUUGAGGGGUGGCCUGCCAUGGCAAGGAUUGAAGGCUGCAACUAAUAAGCAGAAGUACGAGAAGAUUGGUGAGAAGAAGCAGACUACCCCAAUCAAAGAUCUCUGCGAAGGAUUUCCUGAGUUUCUGAAAUACUUGGAUUAUGUGCGCAAUCUUGGCUUCGAGGACACCCCCGACUAUGACUACCUGCAGGAGCUUUUCGCGCUCGCACUCAAAAAUGCCAACGAGGUUGAUGAUGGAGAGUUCGACUGGUCGAAGCUAAACGAUGGCCAGCCAUGGGACCAUAAGUCUUCAUAUCUACCACCGCAACAUACAGGAUCUCGCAAUCCCAACACCAACACUAACACCAACCCCAAUAACAAUGGCCCAAAAGGUAGUCGCCAAGGCUAUGCUCAUGGUGCAAAGGACCGGUCACCAUCCACUCCGCAGCAGGCCUUCAGAAAUAAGGAUCUUCCAAAGGAGCCCUCUGGAAGCCAGGGAAACCAGCAACCUCAUUAUGCACGCCAGCAGCAGGGAGUGCAGAAAGGGAAUAAGAAUCGCGGCAGCGGUGUCGUCGCGGCCGCUGAUGUUGGUAAAUAUGGGCUCAGCAAUGCUAGCAUGCAACCUCAAUUUAGCAACCAACCCGGGACUUCGGUGGCCACCAAGGGGAACAACAAUUGGAACGGAAACAUGAAUGCCGGCCGUUUUGGAAGCGCUCAACCACAGAACGCUACUAGCCCAGGUCAUCCACAUGGAGAUCAGACUGACUCUGACGUGAACAAGCCCUUCUCUAGAAAGGUCUUAGAUUUCAUUCUCUGCAAAUCCUGCUUUUGA